GCCGCGCGCAUUUAUACAUCCGUCUGUCUUGCUUCGCAUGUGUGGUGCCGUAUAGUUGUAUAUACCAAAGUGAUCCCUUAUACGUCUUGAUCGGAAGGGUAUAUAAAAAUCGAAGGUCAUCCGACUACAUUUACAUAGCGUGCUACCAGAGGAUUAGCUUUCAGCCUUAUCCGACGUUUCAAGGUAGGGGAACAACGACCUGGCCGCCGCACAUUGAGCCGCCGCCGUUUCCUUCUUCAUCGCUCCGCUGUGGUACUCGUGAGUCACUCGCCGCUGUCGCUCGAGGACGAUGCUCACCCAGCGUAACUGGCAACUGCUCCUGCUCUUUCAUCAUCUUCUUCGUUGAGUUGUCUUCUUAGGCUUCGGCUGCAAUUGUCGAAAUAAAAAAUAAUUAGCGCUACACAAUGGCUGAGUACUGUGAAUACAUGUGGGACCCAACAAGAGGACACGCGAAUCUUGCACUAGCAAGGAGUAUUUAUCAGGACGAAGCGAGGUUCAAUAUACGCGAUCGGAAAUUGGCCAUCAAGACUGUCAGAGCGAUUCUACGAGACAUGCCUGGCGUUGAGUUGAACGAUUGCACGGACGAGUAUAUCACGCGUUUCCUGCUGGCUCGGAAGUACAGGACAGAGCAGGCGGCGCAGCUGAUAGCAGCGUACCAGGCGCAGAUCGCUCAUCGACAAGACAUAUUUGGCAAUCUUACAGCACGAGACCCGAAGCUACAACGAGCGCUCAGGGCUGGCAUUCCAGGUGUUCUUCCCGCGCGUGACAGGAAAGGACGAUGUGUGUUAAUUAUAUUAGCCUCGCAGUGGGACCCUAUUACUAUUCCAGCGUUAAUCGUUCAAAGAGCUAUAUUCUUAGUGUUAGAGACGUUAAUUCAAGAUCCACGAAAUCAGCAAUCAGGUUUCGUGUGCGUGGUCGACUGGAGCGGAUUUUCAUUGCGGCAAGGAGGAGCUCUUGGGGCGGCUGCAGUUCGAAAUUUAAUAUCCGCUCUACGCGGCCGAUUCCCAGCCAGAUUCAAGGCAAUUCACUUCCUAUCCCCGCCCCUCUACGUUCAAGCGACCUUAGCACUAGUCAAGCCCUUCCUUGACGAAAAAACCAGGAAGAAGAUAUACCUUCACGGCAAUAAUCUCAGUACAUUACAUCAACAUUUACCCCUGGACAUCUUACCAGCAGAGCUUGGUGGCACAGGUCCAGCAUUUAAUCCUGGUUUGUGGGCAGAACCUGUGAUUCACUCGGCGAUCAAAGAAGCCGAAGUGGCAGCAAAUCUCAGCGACGAGAAAGAGAAAAAAGAAAAUCUGAAUUAUUCGAAAAAGCAUCAAGACAAUAACGUCGUGGAAGCGAUUGUCGAGAUGCAUGUAAACAACGAGCCGUCGGAUAAAGUACAGACAAAACGCGAAGCUGGCGAUGGCAGUGAAUCCAAAUUAAUGACACCCACGUGCAGUCUAACGCUGAUAGAAAUGAAAAAUAUGGCAUCGGCAAAGGAUGACUUGGAAUUAAGCAUAGAGGACGCCGCGGAAAAGCUUCAUGACUCCAGUGAUUUUGAAAUUUUGCAGAGAGACAAUGACGACUGCAAUAUACAUGCUGAAGAAAAGCGCAAUCUCAUAUGCUAAUGGCGACAGAAAAAAAAACAAUUAGAAUAAAAAGCCGGUACUUUGUAUACCCAUAGUGAAUAUACUAUUGUAUUUUCUACCUCACUGUCGAGUCGAAAAUUAUUUUUCGACGUAUCAACACAAUGGCAGAAGUUACAGUAAGCCGGUGCUCGACUGGUGCGCGUUAUUAUUAUGUUCAACUGGCGUUGUUAUUAAUUUCUUUUUGUGUGAAUUGAUGAGUUUACAAAAUUACCAUGACAGCGUGUGUUAUUUUUGUUUGCCCGCGGGUUGUAGAACUGGAGCUUAGAAAUUUUAAGAAAAACGGAGCUGUGAAAUCGCGUUGCUAUUGUUUGUCAGUUUGAAAGCAAAAGUGUUACAUAUAAUUUUUAAAUCGACGUACUACACAAUUUCAAGUAUUAUCACUUUAUCUCAGUUUCUUUAACAUACAAGUAUCAUUACCAUUACUGUAAACUUUGUAAUUAGGUUUAGACAGCAUUAUUUUGCAUAUCGUUCAUCUUAUGUACUGAUCCUUAUCGGAAAACUCGUCUUCCGUGCAACGUGUACAAGAU